AUGUGGCGUUCUAGGUGGGGCCCGGGCGUCCUGAAGGCCGAGGCGCUGGCCCUGCUCCCCUGCGGCCUGGGAAUGGCCUUCUCGCAGUCGCACGCCAUGGCCGGCCGCCGGCACCAGCACGGCCGGCUCAUCAUCGAGGUGGACGAGUACAGCGCCAACCCCACCCAGGCCUUCACCUUCUACAACAUCAACCAGGGCCGCUUCCAGCCGCCCCACGUGCAGAUGGUGGACCCCGUGCCUCACGACGCCCCCAAGCCGCCGGGCUACACGCGCUUCGUCUGCGUCUCCGACACGCACUCGAGGACGGACCCCAUCCAGAUGCCCUACGGCGACGUGCUCAUCCACGCGGGGGACUUCACGGAGCUGGGGCUGCCCAGCGAGGUGAAGAAGUUCAACGAGUGGCUGGGCAGCCUGCCCUACGAGUACAAGAUCGUGAUCGCCGGCAACCACGAGCUGACCUUCGACCAGGAGUUCAUGGCCGACCUCAUCAAGCAGGACUUCUACUACUUCCCGUCCGUGUCCAAGCUGAAGCCCGAGAACUACGAGAACGUGCAGUCGCUGCUCACCAACUGCAUCUACCUGCAGGACUCGGAGGUCACCGUGCGCGGCUUCAGGGUCUACGGCUCUCCGUGGCAGCCCUGGUUCUACGGCUGGGGCUUCAACCUCCCGCGAGGCCAGGCGCUGCUGGAGAAGUGGAAUCUCAUCCCCGACGGCGUGGACAUCCUCAUCACCCACGGGCCGCCCCUGGGCUUCCUGGACUGGGUCCCCAAGAAGAUGCAGCGCGUGGGGUGCGUGGAGCUGCUGAACACGGUGCAGCGGCGCGUCCAGCCGCGCCUGCACGUCUUCGGCCACAUCCAUGAAGGCUAUGGUGUCAUGGCGGACGGCACGACCACCUACGUGAACGCCUCUGUGUGCACUGUGAACUACCAGCCCGUGAACCCGCCCAUCGUCAUCGACCUCCCCACGCCCCGGAACUCCUGA